UGGGGAUUGUAUUGAAUUCGUAUUUUUGAUGAAAAUAAAUGAAUCAAAGAAUGUCUCGCUUCAAUUGAAUUGGUGUUAUUUAAUUACUCAAAAGGUAAUUAGUGAGCUAUAAAAUUAGUUAAACUAUGACAAAUAACGAAGAUGUUAAUAAAGAACCCGCUAAAGAACCACUAGACGACGAGGCUCUAGAGAAUAUUGCAUCUGUAGCUGCAGUUUCUUUGAUAAGAUAUCAAUAACAAAAUGAAGAAGAAGAAUUCGUAGGGGUUAGCAGUAGAAGAACUCUUAAGGGAAGCAGUUCAAGGUGCUGCAAGAGCUGAAAUAGUUGGUCCCUCAGGUUGGAUAAAAGCACCACAGCAAAAAACUAAUAAACGAUUUCUAGUCAAUACUCUUAGACAUGCUGUGAGUUCCAAUAGGUCCUAUACAACACGUAGCACUCAACGAAAUUCAAACAAUAAAUCUCCCAAAAAUGACCGAAAACCAGAACUCCCUAUUAAAAAAGAUAGAUCAAAAAGAAAGUGUUAAUACGACAAAAUAUGACGUCGAAAGUAUAAUAAAAAAAAUUAUUAGCAAAGAUGAAACAACUUGGACACCACAAGAAAAAAUGCCGCUAAUAGUUAAAGAAAUAGAUCAACUAAAAGAAGAUAUAAGAACAUAUAUAGAUAAUUGUGAUUAUGACGUAGCGGCUUUAUUAAACGAAGGUGUUGAGUUAUGCGCCGAGAGUAAAGCUUUAGUUCACGAGAUGGAAACAUGUAAAAAAGAAAUUGAAUUUGAAACAAUGGCCGAAAUUCUCAAGUCUAUUGAAAAUCAUGACCAAAUUGCCAAAGAAUUACAAUCUGUUAAGUAUGCUAUGAAUAUCGUUGUUGACAUUAUUAAAUGUAGUGAUUAUCUAAGAGACUUUUAUGAAGGCAGAGAAGCACAAAGCUAUUCCAAAGCCGUAGAAGCAGUUUACGACUUACUUGAGUUCAUAGAAGGAACUGCAGAUGGUUUUAAACAAUUGGAGGUUUAUGUAAAUACGAAAAAUACAGCUAAAUUAAUCUUAGACAAUCUUUUGCAUGAUUUGAAUCAAGAAUGGACUCGAAUGAUAUCAUAUAAUUGCAAGCCUGGAGCUCGUAAAACAGUUAUUAAUUUCAACAUUAAAUUAGACAAUUCUGAGAUCACUAAAGACAUUCUAAUUGCUCUAGAUAAAAGUGACAAAUUGAUUUAUAAAAUUUCAGAAUUCGCUGAGUAUCUAAAGAAAGAAGUUUUGUUAGGUAUGUUAAAAAAUGACAGCUCAUUUCAUGCAGAAACAGAAAACACGGCAACAGUGACGAUACACCAUAAACAAAAUCAAUCACCACAUUACCUCGUUCCAAUUUCAAACAUAAGGUUAUUGUUUCUUUUUCUCAACAACAAAUUCAAUCAAAAAUAUUUAGAGGACAAAUCUAUUAUGGAUACACUGGGGUGCUUGUUAAAAACAGACUUUUGCGAUAUGAUGAUAAGACAUUGUUUAGUUGAGACUGUACCAAAUAACAUGAACGACCUUCAAAAUUAUGCCAAAAUAACAACGGAAAUACAAAACUUUCAAAAUUUUCUAAUAAAUAUAAAAGUCUUUCCUGAAACAGGAAUAACACUUUUGAAAUAUAUGGAUGAUAUUGACGUUUUGUUUGCAUACAAAUCAAGUGUACACUUUUUGGAAACAGCGAGGGCAAUUAUGCUCAAGGAUUUAAGUGUAACAAUGUCUAUAGGCGUUGAAAAGAUACCAGAAGAAUCUACGCCCUUAGAAAACUUUACGGAGGAUAGCUACACAGCGGAAGCCCUUGAAAUAUUUGGAAAGACAUUACCACACAGCCUUUUCUAUUUUCCAAGAUGUAUGAUAUCAAAAACCGCACAAGAACUGCUAGAUUUAGUCUACGUUAUAAUGGAGCAAGCUGUGCAAUGCAGGGGAAUUGUAGCUAAAAAAAUGUAUUACACUGUAAGAUUUAUAUUCGAACUUUACGAUGCGGUUGUUCCUUACGCCCAUGAAAAUUAUUUGCAGACAAUCCCGCAAUACGUCGCUCUAUUCCAUAACAACUGUAUGUACCUCGCGCACAAUCUACAAACCUUAGGUGAUAAAUGGGUAUGUUCGAUGGAAGGUCACGAAUUAGGAUACGCAAUUGGAUUCGUAGACUUGGUCCCGAAACUUAGGAUGUUGGGCUACAAACAUCUCGCUAUGCACAUGCAGCAACAGAGGAAACAAAUACUGGAUAAUAUUCGUUCUUCAGAUUUGAAUUGCAUCGUUGUCAAAGACGUAUUAGGUGAAAAUGCAGAAGCAGCGGUCCGGCAAUGUCUUAGGCAGCUUCAAUUAUUAAAGAACGUCUGGAUCGGUGUUUUUCCUUCCAAUGUGUUUACGAGAUUAAUGGCAACACUAGUAAACAUGUUCGUCGACGAACUUAUACAUCGAGUGUGUACCGUUGAAGACAUAUCUAUGGAGAUGGCCACUCAGUUGACUGAAAUGUACACACUAGUGGUCCAAAAGACGCCACAGAUGUUUCAAAAUUCGUCAGAUGUUGAGAAGUAUGUUAAAUCGUGGGUUAAAUUGCAAGAAUUAAUUUUCGUUCUUGGCGGCUCACUAAAGGAUAUAGAAAACCACUGGAAAGAUGGAACAGGCCCUCUGGCAGUAAACUUUGAAGUCGAAGAACUGAGGAGUCUCAUCAAAGCCCUAUUCCAAAACACCCAAUUUCGCGCCAAUUUACUGUCUAAAAUAAAAUAGAUUUGUUUUAUUGUAGUCACUAUGUUUAAUAUAUAAUAUUAUGUGUUUAA